UAUUCCACACUAGCCAUGGUUUUCGUUAAAAGUUGGGAAGAUUUUGAAAUAGCUGCCGAAAAUAUGUACAUGGCCAAUCCGGCCACUUGUCGCUAUACCAUGAAAUAUGUCCACAACAAGGGUCACAUACUGUUGAAAUUGACCGACAACGUCAAGUGCAUUCAAUACAAAGCCGAAAAUAUGCCCGAUCUGAAGAAAAUUGAAAAGUUUUCGGGGAAUUUGAUGGGUCAUAUGGCUUCCAAAGAAUAGUUCAUAUGG